GCCAAAAUAGCUAUCCAUUCAUCAUCUAUCUAUCUUCUACUGUAUUUCCAACCGGACAGAUCAAAUGUUGUUUCCAGGACUGAAGUGUCUAGCUUCUUCGUCCUAUUGGCUAUUUGAGGUAGAAAAGUGUUACUCAAUUCACUUGUGACAAUAUGGUAUGCAUCGGGUAUCUGCUGCUGUAACUAUGAUUUCAGUUGCUGCUACUAACUAGUUACAACUGCUGCUGGUGGUGUGCUAAUUCCCAGACGCAUGAAUACGUUGUUUUCUAUUUAAGUAUUUCUGGAAAUGAAGCCUAUUUUAUUUCCUAUCUAUAUUCCGUUUUCAUAUUCACUACUGUGCCAAACUAUGGAAACCAUGGGGGGAAGCAUCGAGGUUGGAGAUCUAUCCAUUUACAUGGCAGCCUUGUAUAACUUCUGGUUGAAGGCAGCCCUGCAUCUACCCUAUUCAAAUUAUAUUUCAUUAACACUAAGGAAGUGAUACUUUACAAAGUACAUGUACAUGUACAUACACUUGAGUGCAUUUACUUGCAUUCAGCAUGCUUGAUAAGCUCUCCCGUUGCUUUCUUCACCAACCCCCAAGCUUCCUCGUCACAUUCGUCUGACAAUCUCCAACAACCUGGUCUACCAGGUCUAACUCAACCAUUCUCCUCUAUCUGCAGCUAUUCUUGUAGCUAUAUAUCAUUUGCUCUACGUUAAAACUACGUCAAGCGUGUCUCGUGCAAUGGAGACUAAGCCAAUCGCACCUCUGCCUGUCCGGGACAAACAAACUCAAGGGAGUUCAGAUUGCCAACAGGAUAUUGAAGCUAGGGGCCCGACAAAUACCCAGACUGCUCGUCCCAACGGUGACAAUAAUGGCGCUCUAGAGGGAGAUGUGGGUGUUGCUACGAAAAAUGGUGAAGAGGAACCCGAUACGCUUGAGGGAACAGCUGAGGUCACGGUUGCAAAGAAAAAGAAGAAGAGGAACAAGAAGUCAAGGGGGAAAAAUAAGGGAUCAGGAUUCGAAGAAUAUGUUGCCGACGGCCCUAUCACUGUUGCUGAAUAUGAAGAAAACAAAAAUCGCUACGAUAGAUCCCUACCUGCCAAACAGCGCCUUGAGACAGCGAUACAGCGGUUCCAAGCAAAAAGGAGCAUGGAUUCAGAUCGCAGGAGCGUAUUCACAAAGUACAUGUCUUACGGAGGCGUAGACGUAGGGCCGAAAAUGUUUGAAGGCAACGACCAACGCGAUCUCAUGGACAAAGAUGCUGAGGACAUUCUGACUGCCACAGCGCAAGCCUCAGUCCCGGAAAACCGUGUUGGCUGGGCUGUGGAUUUCGAAGCUGUUGCAAAAGGGUUCCUGUCAUCCGUCCUCCCUCUAUAUAUUGGACUAGAAACCGAAGCACUCGUCGAUAUGGCCACCGGGACAAUCAGAAACUUUCUAAAUUACAUUCUACUACAUGAUGUCUGCCCGGAGUAUACCGAGAAUAUCCUGGCCGCACGUGCGGUCUGCGACACUGCAAAGGUGGAACUCUGGAAAGCCCAACAAACGAACUGCUGGGCCCCGGGACACUUUAAUAUGGCCUGUUCAACCUUGUUUGGGGGGUACUUCUACGGUUUCUACACCGGAGGCCAGGAAUGGAGCAACGAAGUUGGUGCAGAGGGCAUGGAAGACAGUGUUGCGCGUAAAGUAGUGAAAUUUGCCCUUGCGGGUGCGGGAAGCUACGAGCAGGCUGUUCGUUUCCGUGACCUGGCUAAUUUCAAUGAGCUAAAGGCUACCUGUGUGGAUGAGAAUGGGUUUGAAGUUACCGCCAUCGCGCCUGUGGACGGUAAUGUGCGGGAUUUCUACAAGCAGCAUGCUCCGGAUCUCCAGCCUAUUGGCAAACUUCGAGCGAAACCGUGGCGCAAUCCUGGCUUAUCGGAGGAGGAUUUACCCCCCGGCCAAGUUUGUGGGACAGAGCCUUCUUCUCCUUCGGUGGCGGAUGAGUACGAGUUCUUCGUAGAUGAGAGCAUGCUGCAGUUCUGUUUUGUGGGGAUGAAGGUUGACACCACUGUAUGGGAAUUGAAUUGUGGCUUGCACUACUUCGAUAAUGUGAUGGCCGUUUACUGCUCCUUUUACACCAUCUUGCUGAAUGAGAGUAUGAUUGGGUGGAAGGAACCGAGGGAUCUUCGUGGUGAUGAUGAAGUAUGGUAUAAUCCAGGCGCUGCAAAAGGAGAGGAUGAUGGUGCAGCUGGAGCUUCGGAGGAGGUUGACGGGGAUGAUUAAGGAAUGCAACCAAAAGGGCGCCGGAGGUUAGAGGUAAAUGAUGUCCAAAAUCACAAAAUUAGAAAGGAAAGACGAAAGAGAAUCAUAUCGCGUUGGUGAACAAUCGAACUAUUCGUACUUCAUAGAUCUUUUAUCAUUCUCCAACUAUAAAAUUAGUCGUAGCUCAGUGAGAGUGUUCAUUGUUCGCCCAUAAAGACAAGAACGACUAUUCAGCGUUUUCCAUCUGCAAACAUUUCAUCUCCCGUCAGAAGACACAGA